AUGGUGGACCGCGUGGAAUGCUCGGGCGUCUACAUUGAUGACCGAGUUCGGUCGGAGAGAUGGGUGCGCAGAACCUCCAUCGACGCUACCUCAACCGAAUCCUCUAUCCGCUCCCUCGCCCUACCCGAAGAGCCGGAGGCGCUGCAGACCGAUGUCGAUCUCCUGUUGGGCGUGUGUAAGAAGAUCUAUCUGUGCCAGAGUGGAGCCUCCUUCGCCAUGAAACUCGCCGAGCUAAGCGAUCGGGCCGGUAGCGACUGUACCCCGAUCUUCGCCUUCUUCGGUAUCGAUUUCAGUAGCGACGACCUCAGUGUCGCCCGGCGCAAGGCUAGCCGAGCCUCGUGGAUGACCGACGGCGGCCCUCCAUCACCCGGUUCCAUUCAGCGCACCUUUACCUUUUCCUCCCAUUCGGACGAAGCGCCCGGAUUAUCACUCCUCUCGGGCGUCUCAAACGAUAUCCAAGUUCAAGGUGGCCCGAAGCUCGUUAUUCCGAUCGCCAUUCUGCGCGCCGCUGGCUCGGAUGCGCCUGAGCCGACAAGCGAGCCGCAGAGUAAGCACCCGAUCACUCUAGAACACAAGCAGAUUGCGCGGUGUCUCGAUGCCGGUGCAAUCGAUGUCCUGAUGGCGCCCCUGGAUCGCUCUCGAAUUCAGGGUCUUGUGGUACAUGCUUACCGGUAUCAUCGGUCCGCCCAGAGGGAGAUGUCGCGAUUCUUGGCACACAAGAAGAACCGUAAACUCUCCUGGGUGGGCGUUCACGAUGAACAGCCGUAUGCCUAUCUGAGAGAGGCAAUGGUCUCAAAACUCAUGAAAGGAAUAUGCAACCCAGAGGAGAUUGUUGAUGAGUUUCAAGAACGGGAAAUCCAUGUGGAACCGCACCGGGAAGCUUUCGUUAAAACACAAGUUGGAAGUUGGAGUUUCUGUGCUCACGAUUUCUCCGAGGAUGAGCUAGUAUUCGCAGCCUGCGAGAUCAUCCAGCACGCUUUCAACUUGCCCGGAUUAGAACACUGGCGAUUGACGCCCGGUGAACUGCAGACCUUCUUACUUGCCUGUCGCGCCGCUUACAAUAAUUUCGUCCUCUACCACAACUUCCGUCAUGCGAUUGAUGUCUUGCAGUCAGUAUUUUGCUUCCUACUUCGCAUCGGCGCUCUCCCUCCUUACGAACCCUCUGGUCAAAUCUCUACGCCAAAGGCUUCUAUAGCUUCUCUUAUCUCUCCUUUUGACGCCCUCACUUUACUGAUUUCCGCGAUUGGCCACGACGUGGGCCACCCGGGAGUCAACAAUUUCUUCCUCAUCAAGCUCAAUGCCCCCUUAGCGCAACUGUACAACGACAACUCUGUUCUCGAGGCAUUCCAUUGUGCAGCCUUUUCUCAGAUCCUUCGCCGUCACUGGCCUUCAGCCUUCAAAGACAAUCAACUCCGCAAGCUCCUGAUUAGCUCCAUUCUGGCUACUGACAUGGGCGUUCACCAGAAGUUCAUGCAACGGAUGGGAUCUCUGCAGGAGAGGUACCAUGAUAGCCAGAAGUGCGUCGAGGACUGGAAGCCCCAGGAUGUUGAACUGUACAAGACCCUCCUUUGUGGGUUAUUGAUCAAGUGUGCCGAUAUCAGCAACGUGGCACGGCCUUGGGCGAUCGCCGAGAAGUGGACUCGAAUCCUACAGGAGGAAUUUGCCAACCAAGGUGAGAUGGAGAAAGAGGUAGGAAUGGAGACUGCGCUCUUUGGCGGGCCGCCUGAGCUGGGCAACAUCUACAAGCUGGCCACCGGCCAAAUUGGAUUCAUGUCCAUUUUCGCGCUUCCGCUAUUUGAGGGUGUUACCGAUCUCCUCCCCCAAUUGCAGUUUACUGUCGAUCACAUGCGCCGUAAUCAAGCGCAAUGGCAGGAGCACGCCAAUAAUGAGCUACGGACACAGGGACUAGCGGUUGAGGAGCGGGCGGAAAGCGCGAUUUCUCCUCGCUCGCAAAGUCCUCAGGGCAAAGCGGACGACGAAGAGAGCACCCCAAAGGCCUCUUUGAAGCCUACAGACAGCACACAAUACCCUCCUUCACCAGAUUCUGAGACCAGCAGAGCCUCGCCCGAUGGAGCCUAUAAUGAGAAUAACAUCGAGCCAGUCGUGUCACCUGAUACUCCUGGUCCGCAAAUCGAGAUUACUGGCACGCCUCUGGCUCCGGACGUGCCGUCAAGAAAAUCCUCGAGUGCCGUGCCCGGCGCCAUGCCGGACUUUUCAUACUUUUCCAUCCCCGGCGGUCCACAACCUGGCCGAGGAUCUGUUGGAACACAAUAUCAUACCCCUCUGACCGAUUCGGCCCACUCUCUAGAGGAUCCGGCCGCCCUUGCCGCUGCUCAUUAUGCCAACUCCGCUAAUGCCAAUUCGUCCAAUACUAACUCGGCCAGUGCUGGCACUGCCGUCAAUUCCAUGACUGCCGCCGAGCACGAAUCCAUCCCUGAGCCUAUCCCGGAGCGACCAAGCAGCUCCCGUCAAGGCCCAUCUGGCUCUCAUCGUCAUCACGCACAUCACAGCUCCUCUGUUCGCACCUCUGCCCCGUCAGGAUCGAACCGCAACAGCUGCACCCGAACCCAUAGUAUCAGCGCACACAGCAACAACAUGACACCCAUCUCACCCGCGACCAAUGCCACAAGCUUCUUAGCCGUGGAUAGCGGGGAUGAGAAGCGGGUGUCAGACGAUAGUGCACCUCAGAGCGAGAUUGGCGACAAUAGCACACGCCCGAGCACAUCACAUGCUUCUAAUGCCGACCGGGAUAGCACCUACAGCCGUGGUAUUCAUAGCUCCGGCGUAGAUGCAGCCCAAUCACAACCCGAGAAUGGUCACCACAAAGACUUCCUCCGGGCCGGGUUUAAUGGCACUCGGAGCCCAACUCAGUCCACCACUACCGGCGAGAGCAUCAAGAAUGAUGACACGCAGGACAGCCACCAACACGGGAACGGGGUGGUCUGCACAGGCUCACAAAGCGGCGGAGUCGCCUACGACUUGCCUUCUGGAAGCGUCGCCCUCACCACCAAUCCGAGGUGCAUGGCGAAAGCUGAUUCCUUGCUUUCUCUUCCUAGCUGGUGUUGA